CCGUAGCGAGUCAGUCGACAGGUCGCUCUCGAGCCGCCUGCAGUGUUUAAUUUUUGUUCCUGAAAUAAUUAAGAUGAACUCGUUAUUCGUGAUUUCGGCGAUUGUCCUGUGCGUCCUCGUACCAGAGGUCGUGCCCACCAGGACCAUUCCAAAGUGGAAGAAGCAGGCAUGUGAACUGCCAGCGACCCAGCAGGACUCAAACAGCCAUUACACAUGUGACGAGAGUGGUGAAAUGCUGUGUCUUACCGGUUGGACCGGCGACAUGUGUGACGUUCCUAUUUGCAGGAAGGGUUGCGACCCCCUCCAGGGAUAUUGCAAACGACCCGGCGAGUGCAGAUGCAAAUUAGGAUUUUACGGUGAAAAGUGCGACAAGUGCAUUCCUUUGCCCGGCUGCCAACACGGCUAUUGCAACUCAAGCUUUGAAUGCAACUGUCACAAAGGCUGGGACGGCAUCUUCUGCUCAGAACCGGUGUGCAGAAGCGACUGCCACCCUCAGCGUGGUUACUGCGAGAGCCCUAACGAGUGCCGCUGCCGUUUAGGCUGGGCUGGCGAGACCUGCAAAGAGUGUCAGGUGCUGCCUGGAUGCCAGCACGGCUUCUGCAACAAACCCCUGGAGUGCCGAUGCCAAGAGGGUUGGACUGGACUUCUCUGCCAAACACCUAUUUGCUCUGGUACUUGCCAUCGCGAACGCGGCUACUGCAAGAAGCCUGGUGAGUGCCGUUGCAGAACCGGAUGGUGGGGCAAGGACUGCGAUGAAUGUUACCCUUACCCUGGCUGCGUCCAUGGAUCGUGUUCCAGGCCUUGGGAGUGCAAUUGCGAGCCUGGCUGGGGAGGCAUGCUCUGCGACCAAGAGUUGACCUAUUGUCAAGAUCAUACUGACUUGUGUGAAAAUGACGCUAAGUGCGUGAGUCUGUCGGAGGAGGAUGGAAAUUACCGGUGUAUUUGCACUGAGGGUUUCACUGGUCGCAACUGCGAUGUGCCCAAGACGCAGCCAACCACUGAGCGGGUCAAUGCCACCGAGGCCACCACUACGACCACGACUGCCGCCCCCGCGAACGAGAGCGAGAACGAGGCCACGCAGCGUUCGCGCAGAAAGUCCAAGAUCAUGAACUGGGACAAGAACUGAAGAGGAACCAGCAGGAAACUCAACCCACCUUUGCAUUCAAGUCAAAUCUUGCUGUUUAAUUCUCCCCACAAUGAUUUAUUUGUAAGACAGAGCAGAGUUGUCAUGUAGUAACUUAUUUUGAUUUAUUUAUUUUUAAUUUAUUUAUUUAUUUAUUGGGUAAAUAAUAAAGAUAUAUUGAAAUAAAACAUGUGCUUGGUCACUCUUCUUUGGCGUCAAGA